AUGACCGACACCCAACGAGUUUGGCUUAUUACCGGUGCUAGUCGCGGCAUCGGUCUCGAGAUCGUCAGACAGCUCUCGGCGUCACCGAACAACACCAUCAUAGCCACCUGUCGCAGUCCCCCUUCUACAAACGCUCUAAAGGCGCUUGGCACCUCGACCAAGGGCGCGAUGCACAUCGUUGCUUUGGAUACCGACGACCGUCAGUCCGUCCAGGCUUCCGCCGUCGAAGUAGCAACGAUUCUCGGGAACAGAGGGGUAGACUACCUCAUCAAUAACGCUGGAUUUAACCCUGGAGGUUACGACAGAGCGUUCACUAUGGAACUCGACAACAUGGUGCGCGUCUUCAAGACUAACGUCGUCGGCUCCGCACACGUCGCCCAGGCCUACCUCCCGCUAGUGGAGAAGAGCACCGCGAAGACGAUUGUGAACGUUUCGAGCACACUCGGGAGCAUGGGUAGCGAGCUGGGCGAGCUGUACGCAUCGUACUCCAUCUCCAAGGCUGCACUCAACAUGUUGACGUACAAGCAAUGCCGGGAUCGACCGGACCUCACUGUUAUAUCCAUGUGCCCCGGACACCUCAAGACUGAUGGAGGUGGCGAGAACGCAAAGCUGGAGGUAUCUGUAGGCGUUGCGGGCGUCCUAAAGGUCAUCAAGUCGCUCACCCUCGGGGAUUCCGGGAAGUUCUUCCGUCACUCCGGGGAGGAGGUACCUUGGUAA